GUGUUGUUUUCAUCAACCUUAUAUUCAGUCAUACGAAAGCUGCUUCGCAGUUCUAUACCUCUCCGCAUUUUUAUGAAUUGUUUUGGUUGAGAAAAUGGUCAAGUCAACAAAUCAUUAUGAUUUGGAUGUUAUUGAAAAGUGGAAUCGAAUCAAAAAUGAAUCAGCAAAAGUACACGGUGUUGUGGAAGUGGAUACGGUUAACUUGCCCGAUUGGAUAGAUAGGGAUCGUUAUGUAAACUCGUGUAUACCAUUGUUCGCUAAGAUAAGACCAAGUCCACCGAUUUCGGGACUUGUAGGUCUAUCGUAUUUGGUUCAACUUCCAACAAUUUUGCCCCCAUUACUGUACACUAAGAAAUCGGAGAGUGUGUGCGCCCUUUUCACACGAUACUUGGAUACGAUUUUGUAUGUUAGACACUGGCAAACCACGGACAUUUUCGAUCCCGAAACGGAUGGAUACAAAUCGCUUCAAUCAGUUAGAUCAUUCCAUCGUCACAUUAACAAAGUGAUGAAUGCUUCAGCGGAAAAACAUUCCACGCCCACUUCAGUAGCACCGAACGUUUGGGUUUCUCAAUAUGAUAUGGUCGUCACUCAAUGGGCUUUCUAUGGGUUGAUGCUGAUGUAUCCGAAAUCAUGCGGCUUAUAUCAUGUUACUAACGAGGAGCUGUAUGAAAUCGUAUACUGCUGGCGAGUCAUAUCCUAUUUUCUCGGUAUUGACGAUAGGUUUUCACUGUGGGCAGAUAAUUUCGAGAAAACCCAACAGUUAUGCCAUUUGGUAUUCGAUGAAGUGUAUCGGCCGAUUUUGGAUAAUCAGGAUCCCAAUUCAUAUGGCGCGAAAAUGGCAGAUGACAUUUUCACGUCGAUGUCGUCAGUGCUGGGGCCAUUCACUGCUCAAGUGGCCAAUAAAUAUUGGUUUCGCAUAUUGGGAAUCAACAGGGAGGUGCCGCUGAAAACAUGGUUUGAGACAUUUCUCUACAAUCUUGUGCUGAUAACAUAUAGCGGAGCAUUCAAAUUUAAUGUAGUCUACAAAAUGAUGAAUUGGUUCGUGGAAUAUGACAUUGUCAGAAAAACUAAUCCCGAAUCGAAGCGAAAAAAGGUGGCAGAAUUGAAGGAAAAAGAAGAAAAUAUGGAAGUUCGUUACGUGUUCCACGAAAAUGUCUUCGAGCUAAACAAAAAAACAAAUUGAGAUUUGAGGAAUUGUAAAUUGAAAACUAACCGUCCGCACGCCUCUAGAUGUUAUGUUAUUUGGUGGAAGUCACGAUCAUUUUUAUUUUUUGAAUAUUUUGUGUAAUAAAGUAAAAAUUUCAACUGA